CGAUGCUCGCUUUUGUACUAGCGUCCUGAUUCCCGUAAUGGAAACAGAAAGGAGUGACAAGUUGUUGCAAGAAAAAGCAAGAAAGCAACUGGCAAAAGAUCUUAAGCCGAUUGAAAAACUCAGAUACCAGUGUCUUUUACGUGGUGCAUCCGGGAUAGCUGGUAUAGGAAGACAAUUUCGAAUUAUUGAUGAUGACGGAAACAAAAAGCUUGAUUUCAAGGAAUUUUCAAAGGGGUGCAAAGACUUCGGUGUGGAUCUGUCCAAAGAUGAAAUUAAAGAGAUUUUUGAUGAAAUCGACGCAGAUCAGAGUGGAUUUAUUGAUUUUGAUGAGUUUCUUAUGUCUUUAAGACCUCCUAUGAGCAAAUGUAGACUUGACGUACUGAACAAAGCAUUUCUGAAAAUGGAUAAGACGAAAGAUGGUGCAAUAACUAUUGAAGAUUUAAAAGGCGUGUAUAAUGUAAAAAACCAUCCAAAGUUUAUAAAUGGAGAAAAAACUGAAGAUGAAAUUUUAGUUGAAUUCUUAAAAACAUUUCAACCACAAAACAAUGCUGAUGAAGUUGUGACAAGAGAAGAAUUUUUCAAUUAUUACACUGGUAUCAGCGCAUCAAUUGACAAUGAUGCUUAUUUCGACUUAAUGAUACGACAAGCCUAUAAAAUUUAAACUGGACAAAAUAACUCGUGAAGAAUUUUUCAAUUACUAUUCUGGUCUCAGUGCAUCUGUUGACAAUGACGCUUAUUUUGAUUUAAUGAUUCGAUGCUCUUUUAAAUUAUAAAUAACAAGUGUUAAUUAGUAAGUAAUUAGUAAGUAGGUAAGUAAAAAUGAACGGUUCAAUGCGAAACAGGCUAACAACAGAAAAGGAAAAUGCUUUAGUUUUUUUUUUGGUUUUGGUUAAACUAUUUUUCAUAUGUGUGUAUAGUAAAAAAAAUUUAUAGUUUUAGUUAUUUUCUUUUCUUUUCGAAAAAGAUUCAAUAGAAAUCGUCUUUCCUGUUUAUUAUUAUUAUUAUUAUUAUUAGUGUUAUUAUGGUAUUUGUUCUCGUUCGUUCUUCCCAAUUUUGUUUUGUUGUUUGAUCGUUUUUAUUUUGAAACUUAUUAAAACAUAUCGGCUCAGAUUGGUUUUUAUCCGUCCUGUUUGUUUUGGAAGGAUUUUAUUCUUUUUUCCAAGUUGUCUGACCUAAAUGUUUUGUAAGAGUUUUGUAAAAUUCAUUUAUUGUUAUGGUUGUAGUUUGUGUUUCUAUAUCGUUUAUUAGGUUUGCCUUUUUCUAUUGAAAUUUUUUCGAACACGCACAUUAUUUAUUCGUCUACCUCCUGUCUGUGAUAAUCCUUGCUUUGUUUUUGUUAAAAAAGCGAAUGUAUCUUAUUUCAAGAAAUAAAAGACCUUAUACACGA